GAUCGGAUGCGCUCGGAAUGUUCGGCGCGGUCGUGCGUUUAUCUCAGACGGUUUAUCUUCUUCUCGUUGACUCACCACAAGUCAGACGGUGUUUUUUAAGCCCAAAGUGCUUCUUGAGUUGUUAUUGUUUGGGUUGUCGAAGUGCAUCGCUCCAUCUGUGCCUCGUCCAUCAUCGGUAUCCGUCCUCCGACAGCGGUGAAUGUGAUGGGUAGCGUCGCGACGUUCCCGCAGCAGCACAUGGCUGGCCGGUCCCUUUUUAGUAGUUAGUAACUUGAACUCUAGUCGCCGUAAGCAGACAUUUCGUCACUAGACUCGUUUAACAUGCCCAGACUGCACGUCGUUUUUGGAAAAAAAAGAAAAGAAAUCAUAACCAGUAAAGUCGAAUGAUUUUUUCUGCCAAAACCGAAUUACUUGACAAACAAUUAGUAAAGCAGUGAAGUGAGGAGUGUGAGAAGUGGCUCGUCGUAACGAUUUUACAAUUUGUUUUGGUUAUUCUGAUAGUUGCGGGCUGAUUCCCGGGCGUGCGCGGAACAAAAACCAUUGCGACGAGCAGCAAAUGCGAGUGCCAUUGAAUUUCGUAAGCGUAAAUUCAAACUUUUAGGCCGAUUUGCACUUCCUUGUAGGAGGACCAUUGUCUCGUCUGGCUGGGCGAGCAGAGCUUGUUUGUGCCAUUCAGCAAUGGCUGGAGAGGAUUAUGCCAUCGUGGAGGAACGUGCCGGUGUCGGCUCCCCGAUUGGCGAACUAGCCGACGUCUACCAGGUUCAAAGCAAUGCAGUCGACCGAGUGGGAGAAGAAUUCAGCUUCAACGAUCGGUUGCUGGAACACUGGCCGGAAGGAUUGGCUCUGUAUAUUUACAUUGGUUUCGUGGUGGGCGGAGGAAUUUUGCUCAACUUGAUACUAAUGAAAGGAAUUCUGCAGGCUAAAUAUAGUGGUGCCCUAUACUUCGUGCUCCAGAUCGCUAUAUUGGACAUCUGUAGUCUCCUAUUAAGCAUAUGGGAACUGUUCUACGUAAUCCAUCAGCAAUGGUUGUUCGAGCCUGAACAUUGCACGUUCUACAUCGGAUUUGAAUCUUUCACCAACAUAGCAAUAGUGUAUUUCAUCGUUGGGCUCAACUUUCACUCGAUAUCAACGUACAAUCUUGCUCAACAAAUGUCAACCAGCGAUGAGACUCUGUCGUAUCCAGGUCAAGACAGUGAGAGCCAUUCGGACUACAUGAUCACUGAAGAGAACAAUUACGAAGUCGCUACGGAGAACAUCGUUCAAAAACGAUCGCUUACUAUCGAUUACCGCCAUCGGAAGACCAACGUAUCCGUAUUGUGGCCCGUUUUGUUGAUCUGGUUUAUUGCAAUGUCCGAAUCACUACCGUUGUUUUUGUUUUCGGAUGUCAUCUCAUCCGACGAAGAUGUCAAGUUUUGUACGGUUAUCAUAAAUGAUCGCACGAAUCAUUACAUCAUUCAGUGGCUGGUGAUUUUGAUACGUAUCGCAGUUCCAACGUUAACACUAGCCGUUACGAUUGUUCUGGUCGUGUUUAAAUUCCACCAGGGACGAAGGUUUUUGCAACCCACAGAAAUUGACGAGAAUGUGGCGUUCAUACUGAAGGUGGCGAUCUUUCUGUCACUAUCCUACGUAGUCUUCUCCAUGCAGAGGCUGUAUGGAUCGCUGCUGUACGAAGUGCUCGCCAAACCAAUACUCAGGCACAAAUAUCCUGCGUUCGACAAACGCUCAGGACUGAUUUUCACUUUUCUACAUUACUUUCUGUCGUUUUUGCGACCAUUAGUUAUAAUAAUACUGUGUAAGUUGAAGCAUAACCAAGUAGAUAUUAACUUUUUGUACAAGGGAAAACAGAAAAUUACCGACUUAUCAUAAGCUGUAAUAAAUCGAAA